AUGGCCAUUGAUUCCCCACAGCCACCUCCUUCCCCUAUCGGAUUCGAAGGCUUUGAAAAGCGACUCGAAAUCACUUUCUCUGAGCCAUCCGUAUUCAAGGACCCAAAUGGGCUGGGCCUACGGGCCUUAACUCGAGCCCAAAUCGACUCAAUCCUCGAGCCUGCUUGUUGCACCAUCGUGGCUCAGCUCAGUAACACUGAGUUCGACUCUUACGUUCUUUCCGAGUCGAGCUUGUUCAUCUACCCAACAAAACUAAUUCUCAAAACCUGCGGUACCACGAAGCUGCUUUUGUCAAUUGUACCCAUUCUGAAGCUGGCUAAGUCACUCUCUCUUGAUGUGUGUCACGUGACUUACUCACGUGGCAGCUUCAUUUUCCCUAAUUACCAGCCUGCCCCUCAUCGAAGCUUUCCUGAAGAAGUCACUGCUUUGAAUGGGUUUUUUGGGUAUUUAAAUGCUAAGGCCUAUGUUAUAGGCGAUUCUGCCUCUUCUAAUCGUAACUGGCAUAUUUAUGUCGCAUGUAAGGAUUCUAAAUCACAGCCGUUGAUCAAAGAUCAGACAUCUGUUGUUACUCUAGAGAUGUGCAUGACUGGCUUGGAUAGAAAGAAAGCUGCAGCAUUUUACAAAAGUACGGCGGAUUAUUCGGCUGCUGAAAUGACUGAAAUGUCCGGGAUUAAUGAGAUUAUGCCCAGUCACAUGAUCUGUGACUUUGACUUUGACCCUUGCGGGUAUUCCAUGAAUGGGAUUGAUGGUACAGCUUUGUCAACAGUGCACGUGACCCCAGAGGAUGGGUUCAGUUAUGCUAGCUAUGAGGCUAUGGGGUUCAACCCAGGUGAGGUUAAGUCGAAGGGGUUGGUGCAGAGGGUGCUCAAGUGUUUUGGACCACGAGUUUUCUCUGUUGCUGUCACGUGCCAAGGUGGUGGGGUCCAGUGGUGGGCCAUGGAGUGUGCUGACGUGGAUGGGUACUCGUGUGACAGUGUGGUGAGGCAGGAGUUGCCUGGAGGUGGGUGUUUGAUUUACAUGACUUACCAUGAGGUGAAGGGGCGCACGCCUUUUAAGAUGAUGAACAUGCAGUGUUGGAAAGAUGUGGAGGAGGAGGAGGAGGUGGUGUUGGGGCUUAGUGGUGGCAGUGGUGGUGGAAUGAUGGCUUGUCCUUAUUAUAUUUCAUCAUUGUGA